UCCCAUUGGCGGAGCACGUCGCCGUUGCAUAGACUCGGCCCACUGUAUAACAUAGUCCUCGUCUCUCUCUCUCCCCUCCUCGGCCUCCUUCCUCCUCAAGCUUCGCAGGUCGGAGAUCUUUAAGGACUUCCAUCCUCAGCUUGGCGGCUCCUCAUCCCCAUACUCACUUCCCCUAUCUACCUCAAGGUGCGAGCUUAGGUUCCUCGUCUCUUCUUUGAAUCGCUCCCGUCUUCUGCGAGAGCUAUUUGAUAAAAUAGAAAGGAAAAAGGCGUGAUGGUGAAGGCAUAUAAGCAAGAGCAUGUUUACAAGCAUCCCUGGGAAAUCGUAACAUCCGCCUCUUGGCGCAAGUUUGCCGACCCCGAGAACAAGCGGACUCUAUCCCACGUACUCGAGGUUGACACAUUGAACCACAAGCUCGAUUCGGAAUUGGGGAAGCUCUAUACAACACGUGCCAUCACCAUACAUGCUCCUGGACCAUGGUUUGUCCGCAAGAUUGUGGGCCAAGAUAUAUGCCACUGCGUUGAAUCAACUGUGGUAGAUGCGCAGUCUAAGUCAAUGCAGCUCACGACUCGAAACGUCAGCCUCCAGAAGUUCAUAGAGGUGGAGGAGAGAAUCAGGUAUGAUCCUCAUCCUGAUGAUCCUGCUCGGUGGACGGUCUGCAGGCAAGAGACUAGCAUCCGCAUCAAACCGCUCUCGGCACUGGCUUCAAUGGCUGAGAAGGUGGAGCAGAGAUGCGCCGAGAGGUUCCUGCAGAACAGUGUGAAGGGUAGGGAGGUAAUGGAGAGAAUCUGCAAGUAUCUCGAAGCGGAGUCGAGGGGAAUAGCAUUUUGACUUUCCUGGAGUCUUUUUGGCCUUUGAUACCAUAGCUUUCGGGGCUUACAUGGCCUUUCGAACAUUAGAGAAUAACAGAAAAGUUAGUAUCUGUGCCGCAAGGUUUCCAUCCAUCUGGACUUCAAAUGUGAUGUUGUAAGAAAGAUUAUAAGUUAGAAGCUGUGAUGUUUAUUAUUGCUGUUCUCGUCUUGACUAAUAAAUAGGACGAUGAGCUGCUUGCCCCAUCUUUUCUUUCUGGAAAUGGUAGAUGCAAGUGCGAUCAGUUUGCACUCUUUCGA